AUGCCAAAGGCGAAGCAGAAGUGGGUGCCUGCCCGCAGCGUUGAUCCCAAUUUCAUUAUUCCUUCCAAAACGAGCAAAGCUCUAGUCAUCAAAGAUGGCUUGGGCAAUGCUCAACGUUAUCCGCUUGCAUUUUCAGAUAAUAUACGUGGUGACCUGCUUCCAAAGUCUGUCAACACUCAUAUAUUGAGCAAAGGUACUACAAAACAAGCUGAACAGCCCAAUACGAUUGAUAACAACCAUCUUCUUGGAUUCGUGAACCCUAAUCUCGAAAUUUCUGGUACCUUCCCAACAUUGACCGAGGCCAAAGGCAUCCAGAAUGCCUCCCAGUCAACCGUGGCAAUCUCUGGUGUCAAGCCCGUGCCCGAAAGCAUUCAGAUGCUUUCCAAUGGACAAGAAGCAGAAUCUUUGAAAGACCUAAUGCGAAACACUGCUAGUGUCACUAUUAAUGAUGAACCGAGUGCUAAACCGAUCCCACCACCAGGCCAUAGAUCACGUCUGGAUAUCUAUGCUCACAAGUAUGUACCCUACUGGCUGAAGGCUAUCAACGAGUCAUUCGCCACUACUGUACAUGCGCCUCAAAUCAGACGUAUAGACUUCGAUAUCUAUCAUAGUUCAUUCGCUGGAACACGAUUCCAGCGACACCUUCCAGCAGUAGAGCUCCCACCGCCAUCAAGUAUCCUCGGCUUGCAAGUCAAUGCCAUCUCGAUAGAGACUUACGGGACGUAUUGGCAUGAACGCCUAACCAAUGAAGCAUCUGCACAAGCUGCACAAAAUGAUACCUUCGCCUUGUUCAAUAUUGAUCUAGUGCUAGUAAAUGCAGCGGACAACUUGUAUCGAUUUAAAAUGCCUGGACUUCGAGAAGGUGCGCCCAGGAUCGACUUGGGUGAUAUCCUCUGGAUUCGUCCCUUCAUUCUACCUCGGAUGGCUACUAUCGCUCAAGAAGCUCAGCUCUGGAGUCAGGAACGCAACGGUAUCGCACCUGCAUUUAUCGGCAUCGAGCAUCAUGCCGUCGUCUGGUCGCUAAUCCGCAGAGACGAGUUUGUGCUUGUACGAAUAGGGAAAGAACUUCCUCGAGGCACCAAAUGCAACAUUGUUAUUCCGCUUCAAAUUCACAAAAAUGCUCCAGCUUGGCGUGCAGUCCAGCAGAUUGGUUUCCACAUUGUCGACGAGAAUCAGCCAUGGACAUCGUCAAUGCUGUUUCCGACUUUCGGCGUGCAACAAAAGACCCUAGCAAAGGGAGCAUUCGAUCUUGACUGGUAUGAUGAGCAACUCAACUUCGAGCAACAGAGAGCAGUACAGGCUGUAGUCGAUGCUAAAUAUGGUAUUCUGCCUUACCUGAUCUCGGGUCCGCCAGGAACGGGAAAAACCAAGACAAUGGUGGAGAUUGCACUACAACUUAUCUCAGCCUCGAAUAAAAUCAAGCCCCACCUGCUCGUAUGUGCACCGUCCGAUGCUGCAGCAGAUACACUCCUGGUACGUCUUUCGGCUCAACUAUCUCAAGCACAGCUCUUUCGACUGAACAAUUGGACGCGGCUCACCUCCGAGGUUCCUGGAGAGGUCAGACCGUACUGCUGUCUUGAUGAAAAUCAGCUUCAUGCAUUACCGGACUUUGAGACUAUGAUGUCGUUCGAGGUCGUGGUCACGACAUGCAGAGAUGCUAACAUGCUUAUCACGGCGGGACUCACCAACAAAGACCUGGCACAUCUUGUGACUCGCACCGUGCUUGCCAUCUGCCCCGAUGCAAUUGAUACAUCGAAGCUGUUGCACUGGACCGCUUUGAUAAUCGACGAGGCAGCACAAGCAACUGAGCCAGAAGUUCUCAUUCCAGUUGCUGUUGUGGCACCUCUACAUACCGAUUCGAAGUCGAGUAACUCGUCCUUCUCGCCACAAAUAGUCAUGGCUGGUGACGAGCACCAGCUUGGACCACGAUUGACCAGCACAGCACUUGCGGAGUCAGCGGGCAAGUACGACACAGCUGGCCUCGAGAUAUCCUUAUUUCAACGAAUUUUUGCUCGGCCACUCUAUGCUGAUCAUCCAUUGUCUCGGUCAUACGGCCUGCGUCCCUUGACAAGAAAUAUGCUACCCAUGAUCCGUCCACCGUUCGCUAAUCUUAUCAGGAACUAUCGAUCACAUCCCGCUAUACUUACUACCUCAUCUGCGCUUUUCUACUCGGAUACUCUGAUUCCAGAGCGUCCCGAAACCUCUCCAAUCAUGCUAUCCUGGCCUCGUUGGCCCAAGAAAUCCAAGAAUGUCUGGCCAGUCAUGUUCUACAGCCACUCAGGACCCGACAAUGUCGAGUCAAUCCUCGAAGGCGAUGGCACUGGUUCAGGAAGUUUACUAAACCACUCCGAAGCCCGUAUUACAGUCGAAUUGGUCUUAGACCUCCUUGACCACAUAAAUAAUAAAGACACACCCACCAAUCGAGGCGACUACUUGAAGGCCGAGGACAUCAUCGUCCUCUCACCUUUCCGUGCACAAGUCAACCUUCUCCGUCAAAUGUUCCGAUCAAGUGGCUACUACGAUAUCCGUAUCGGUCCACUCGAAGCUUUCCAAGGCCUCGAAAGUCGAGUUGUCGUCGUAUGCACGACCCGCACACGUCUCGGUCAACAUCCACAUCCUCCAGCUAAGUUCGUGAAUGAAGACAAAUCACGCAAUUUGGGCAUGAUAGAUGAGCCGAAGCGGUUUAACGUGGCUAUGACGAGAGCACAGGAGGCACUGAUCGUGAUCGGAAAUGCCGAGGUCCUAAGUGUCACGCGUGACAGGUGCUGGCUUAGCUUCUUACGGUUCUGUACCAGGAACAACCUCUGUGCAGGUGGGAAAGCGGAGUGGUUCGGAAAGAAUACUAGCAGAGAGAGGGUUGAUACGAGUAUGGGCAGAUUGGAGAGAGCCAUGAGAUAUGCAGAGAGUCUGCAGGGGGAAACGAAUGGGGAAAGGCAUGACGUGCACAGCCUCGCAGACACUGACACCCUGGACGACAACAUACAGCCAGACUCCUUCAAGUUCAAACUUCAAGGCACAAUGAUAGAUCUAGACCAACAGAUGUGGGAGAUGCAGAUUGGAGAAGAGGACGAAGAGAUAAUUCGACAGGAAGAAGAGGCCGACGACGAUCGGUAUGUGUUCAAUGGGCACUUCGAUGGCCCUGACCUAGAUGGUGACGACAGCGAAGAAGGAACUCGGUCAGGAACACAUGUCGAGUGA